AUGUUGCAGGGCAACCAGUCAAUGGUGAAGGAGUUUGAGCUGCUGGGUCUCUCCCAGGCACGAGGGGCCCAGCUCUUCCUCUUCUUCCUCUUCCUUCUCUUCUACUCUCUAAUCUUGCCAGGGAACAUCCUCAUCAUUCUGACCAUCCGGAGUGACCGUAGAUUGGGUUCCCCCAUGUACUUCUUCUUGGCCAACCUGGCCUUCCUGGACAUCUGCUACUGCUCUGUCACCCCUCCCAAGAUGCUUGCUGAUUUCUUCUCCAGCCGCAAAACCAUCUCCUACAAGGGCUGCAUGGCCCAGAUCUUCUUCCUCCACUUGCUGGGGGGAUCUGAGGUCUUCCUUCUCAUUGGCAUGGCCAUCGAUCGCUAUGUGGCCAUUUGCCACCCAUUGCGCUAUGCCAAUCUCAUCACCAGGGCAGUCUGUUGUGCUUUGGUUGGGUUGUCCUGGUGUCUAGGGUUCAUGCACUCCAUUAUCCAGAUCAUCCUUAUUGUUCCUCUCCCUUUCUGUGGACCCAACAAGCUGGACAAUUUCUUCUGUGACAUCACCCAGAUUGUGAAGUUGGCUUGCACAGACACCUAUGACUUGGAGUUCAUCAUGUUCUUCAACAGUGGCCUGGCCACCCUGAUGUGUUUCAUCCUCCUCCUCAUCUCCUAUGGGGCCCUGCUGGUUAAGGUGAGGACAGGGUCCAGCCAAGGGAAGAGUAAAGCCUCCUCCACCUGUGUCACCCACAUCAUCAUCAUCUUCAUCAUGUUCGGUCCUGCCAUCUACAUCUAUUGUCGACCUUUCCAGGAUUUUCCUCUCGACAAGGUGGUGGCUGUUUUCCACACUGUGGUUUUCCCCUUGAUGAACCCCAUGAUCUACACCCUUAGGAACAAGGAGAUCAAGCAAGCCAUGAGGAGGUUGCUGGGGAAACAAACAAUUUGGGGGGCAAAAUAA